AUGUCGACUUUUGAGCGCUCUCCAAAUACCGAGGCCUCUCGACCUAUCUACAAAGUCUAUAAGCGACGCUUCUGGGGCCUGGCACAGCUGGUAUUGCUGAAUAUCGUCGUCAGUUGGGACGUAUGCGCUACUUUACGAUUGAUCCAUAUAUCGACUUUGCAUAUCGCUGACUCGCGUAUACAGUGGUUGACCUUCUCGUCCAUCUCGACAACGGCCGCGGAGUACUUCGAUGUCUCAGAGAGCGCUAUUAACUGGAUGAGCACUGGCUACCUCUUCGCCUUCUGCGUUGUUAGCCCCAUCGUCAUCUGGAUCCUGAACAAAGGCGGCCCAAAACCAGCUAUAAUUACCACCGCCACGCUCCUACUAUUCGGCAACUGGCUCAGAUAUGCCGGCACCAGAGCGAACGGCGGCAUCUUCGGGCUCGCGAUGUUCGGCCAGAUCCUAAUAGGGUUCGCGCAACCCUUCUGCCUCUGCGCACCAACCCGAUACAGCGAGCUCUGGUUCUCCGACAAAGGCCGCACGAGUGCAACAGCAGUUGCCAGUCUAGCGAACCCACUCGGCGCAGCCCUGGGCCAGCUAAUCGACUCGGAGUGGGCGUCAAAACCCUCCGAUAUUCCAAAUAUGGUCCUGUACAUCUCGAUCAUCUCCACCGUCGCAGCAAUCCCAUCAUUCUUCCUCCCGGCGUCACCACCAACACCCGCAAGCGCAUCCUCCGCAAAGCCGCACACGCCACUAGGCGCAGCAGUGCGCGAACUAACCCGCACGCGGGAAUUCUGGCAGAUCUUCAUCCCAUUCUCUGUAUACGUGGGCUUCUUCAACAGCGUCUCCUCACUGCUAAACCAAAUCCUCAGUCCGCACGGGUUCUCCGAGACAGAAGCAGGCAUUGCGGGCGCCAUCCUGAUCGUGGUGGGACUCGUCGCGUCGGCAAUCAUGUCGCCGAUAACAGACCGGUACAAGCACUACCUUGGCACUAUCCGGGUUCUAGUUCCCGUGGUUGCAGCCACGUAUAUCGGGCUGAUUUUUGCGCCGGGCAGUCCGGCGGGAAUCCCGCCUUCGUAUGUGGUUAUGGCGCUGCUGGGCGCGGCGUCGUUCGUGAUACUGCCGAUUGUUCUAGAGUACCUGGCUGAGAUUACUUAUCCGCUCUCGUCGGAGAUUGGGAGUACCAUCUGCUGGACGGGUGGGCAGUUGCUCGGUGCGUGCUUUAUUCUUAUUCAAGAUGCGUUGAAGGCUGGGGCUGGGGCUGCGCCGCCGUAUAAUAUGCGAAAUGCGUUGAUAUUUGCGGCUGUCGUUGCUGUUGUGGCUGCGCCGUUUCCCAUGACGAUUGGCCUCUUUGGGAGGGCUGUUCAUCGUCGUAGAUGGGAUGUGGAUCGCGGCGUUGAGUUGCAGCAGGUUGGGGAGGUGGAUGGGCCGGUUGACAAUGUUAAGAGGGUUAGAUCUGAUGAGUCUGCUGUGGAUACUGAUACGCUGAUCAAGACUUGA